AUGAAAAUAUUAAUAAACAUUCCUUAUGAUGGCUCUUUAUGUAUUGAGUCAUCCGAUGUUAAUACCAUAAAAAAUGUAAAAGAACAAAUAUCUGAAUUAAAAGGUAUUCCCUGUGAUUCUCAGAAAUUAUACAAAAACGGACGUCUAUUGGAAGACGAAGAUAUAAUUGAAGUUGACCAAUGUGAAUAUGAAUACACCAUAGAUUUAAAUUUCAGUUUACUUGGUGGUGGUAAAAAAAAGAAGAAGAAAGUUUACAAAAAACCCAAAAAAGAAAAACAUAAGAAAAAAAAAGUAAAAUUAGCAAUAUUAAAGUUUUACAAAGUCGGGGAUGAUGGAAAAGUAUUUAGACUAAAAAAACAAUGCAACAAUUGUGUCCCUGGAACAUUAAUGGCUUCUCAUUUUAAUAGAGAUUACUGUGGAAGAUGCCACUUAACCAUUAUGAAAAAAUAA